AUGGGGAAAAAAGACAGCACAACAAUCGGGUAUCCGUUUUUAUCCCAGCGUCAUCCAACAGAUCCUGUUUACACGGACAAAUCAGCUAUAUGGCAUUAUGUUCCACACAGAUCAGCUUUCAUUGAACCGAUUCGUCGUGUGCCCGCCCCGAUUAAAUCACGGAGUGUAUAUGAUGUCUAUCCUGCCCCGAUCCAAUACGAUCCAUCACCACCUGCAAGAGUCAACCCCUACCAUUUUAUGUAUGGACAAAGAAAGUCUUGUCUGCAAGAAACCGAUGAUGUGAGUCAUUAUAUGCAUAAGCGAAGCAAGUGGAUGCUGCGCAAAGAAUACGAACGAUAUCAUGAGACGUGGAAACCGUACUAUUAUGGGUCAAAAUCCGAACAGGAAGAAUACAAGUAA